GAGACCACAUCAGAGAAAUGGAAAGAGAAAUCCAUGGUCAUGCAUAAGUAUCACCUGAACAAGAGAAAGCAUUUUCCCUGCAUUGGAAAAGAGUGAUUACUGUGAGAGCUGCAGAGGACGUAUGUCUACGACCACAACAAUAAUAGAUGGUAAGAACGGAUCUGUUCCCUCAUCAUCCAUGAAAGUGGGCAAGAAAUCAGUUACGGAAGACCUAGUGACAACAUUCAGCUCACCAGCAGCAUGGCUUCUUGUUGUCGCUCUGAUUGUUACCUGGUCAGCAGUAGCUAUUGUAAUGUUUGACUUGGUGGAUUACAAAGCCUUUGCAGGAAGAUCUGUUAACAAGCUCAGCACAGAACCACUGAGAAUCAUUCAUGAGACACUGGAAGAAUCCACUGAUUGGCUUUAUGGCUUUAUUUCUUUACUGUCUGACAUCAUAUGGAGUGAUGAUGAUGACACUGAUGAAGGUGGAGUGGAACCUUCCCUGAAAAAAGAAAUCCAUAAAGGGAAACCAGAGAGACAUGAAAAACGAACACCAAAAGUAAUUCACAGAGACAAACCUGAAAAACAAGAAAAAAUUGAAAAGAAGGAACCCAUGAAAGUGACACAUAAAGACAAAACGGCAAGGCAAGAAAAACCUGAAAAAAAGGAGAAGCAUACAGCCAUUCACAAAGAGAAAUCUGAAAAGCCAGAAAAACACGAAAAGAAAGCACCUUCUAAAGUAAUUCAAAAAGACAAACCUGAAAGACAUGAAAAAGCUGAAAAGAAAACUCCUCCCAAAGAGGAGAAGAAAGUAAAGAGCACCAAAGUGGAAGCAAAAGUUAAAAAGGAAGUGAAGGAUGGAAAAGGAGAAGCAAAGAUGCCUGAGAAGGUCAAGCAGACAGAGACUAAAACAACAGAAGUUGGGUUAAUAAAGGCCAAACCGAAAGUUAAGGAGGAGAAAGCACUUCAGACUGUAACUAAAUCGGAAAAGAAAGGACAUAAGGAAAUGGUAUCACCUCGUCUUCUUCUAGAACAUAGUCCAAGAAAGAAAACAGCAGCUAUUGAAGAAGAGAAGUCUAUUGUGGUAGCUAAGGAAGUGAAAAAAAGAAAGGAUGAAAAGAAAAGGACUGAUAUAAAGAGGUCUAUUACUGAAACUAAGAAGAAAGAAAAAGAAGGAAAAAAAGAGAAAGCUCAUGAGAAGACAGCUGUCCCUGAAAUUAAAAAAGCAGAUAAAAAAGAAGCUGCUGUGUCCAAAGAACUCAAAAAGCCAGCAAAAGACCCUGCAGCUAAUCCAUCCACCAAAAAAGCAGUAACACCAGAAACACAUAGGAAAGAAAAAAUGGUGGAUACUGCCAAAACAGCAAAGAAAGAAGCAAAAGUACAUGCAUCUGUGGAAACUCUGAAGUCAAAAGCAGCACCUGAAAAGAAGGAAGAAAAAGCAAUGAAGGCAGGAGAGCAAGAUAAACCAAAGAUGAAACAAGCAAAUCCUGGAAAAGACAAAGAAUUGAAAUCUCCAGCUGCUACAAAAGAUAAAGAACACACUAAAGAAAAGGAAGGAAAGAAUCCUAUAGCUUUAAAAGAUAAAGUCUUAUCUUCUAAAUCUCAAAAACUUAAUUACUUCCCUACAGAGUCUCUGAAAGGAAAAAAUCCCAAGAAUCCAGAGGGGUCAAAGGAAAAAGAGACUGGUAAAAGAAAAGAUGUGAGGUCUCCGGCAGUCUUAAAGGAAAAGGACUCCUCAAAAGGAAAAGAAAUGAAGGUUUCAGCUACAACUAAGGAGAAAGCUGCGGUGAAAAAGGAAGGGGAGAAGAAAGAACCUAGCAUCAAAAGAGAAGAAACGUGGAAAGGUACUUUAGAGAAAAGUCAUGAACACAAACCUGCACAUAUUAAACAUGAAAAACCUCUCUCUCAGAUGAAGCCAGAGGAGAAAAUUAAACAACCAAAGACAGCUCCCACUGAGAAGUCAGAGCAUGAAGCAAUCAGGCAUGAAAAAGAUGUUCCAACUACAAAACCAGUCAAACUGAAAACAACUGCAAAGGCAACAGGUGAAAUUCCAAUAACAGCCCCGAAAAAAACAAAGACUUCUAAGGAAAAAGAAGACAAAACAACUGAGAAGAAACAUCUGAAAGAUGAAAAACACAAAGAUGUUCCACCAGUAAAAGAAGUUCCACGACACCACAACCUGACAUCAGCUCCUGUCCGCUACUUUCAAUGUGUCUUCAUAAAUGGACCUAAUGGAUUUGGACUGCAGUUUCCCACUAAUCCUCCUUCAUACAAAGAAGAAAAGAUUCACUCAAAAACUUCCAAGAGAAAGACAAGAAAACCAGGACAGUAGAGAGACUGAGUUACUGGAUCACUCACAUUUGCACUUUAUCUUUUCUGCUGAGGUCCACAGUACUUAGGGUGGUACUCGUCAUUGCAUGAAUGUGAUCCACUUGGAUACGUGCACCUGGAAAAGUUUCCAUGGGGCAGAGGCAAAAGAAACAGUAAUGGGCUGUGUAGACAAAGGUAGAAAUGUAAAAGUGCCCUGUUUCUUGUGGAAAGCCUGCAAUGCUAGCAAUGAGUUGGCCUGAUUGUGUGUGAGCAAGUGUGUGUGUGUGGUUUCCUGCCUCUUUUGCUCUUGUUUUUCUUUACCUGCUCAGCAUUAAAGUGAGUCUGUUUUCCAUUUAAUCUUAUCUAGGGAGUGAGAGGUUGAAUGUAGCUCUUAUAUCAGCAAGAUUGCAAGACUACCUGCAAUCCUAAACCACUUCUUCUUAAUGUUCAGUCAAAUUGCUGAGAGGAAAAAGCCUCACUAAGUCACGAAAAUGUGCUCUGCAAUUGGUGCUAUUUUUAUGUCUCAUUGACCAGUGUAGUCUGAAGCUCACGCAUGCUCUCAGCAGCUCAAUAUACUAUCAAUAAGUUGACUCAUCAAGUCAUAUUAAUGAUGAAUAUUUCUAUUUAACCUGAAGCAGUUAAAAGCAUGGUGUAUUUGCCCUGUCUGCUCGUGAAGUACAAGCAGGUCACUUUCUAAAGCCCAAACUGAGCAAAGAAAGUGAAACAACAUGGCAAAGAUAAGGAAAAACAGCAUUUUAUGAAGGUCCCAUGAAACAACAAAAAUCAAUUUUAGUAACUCUACUUUUUUUUUUUUUCCUGCGGGUAAAUCAGAUUGAUUUUGAUUUGCAGCAGACCAUUAGAAUGGAGAAUAUACCAGCAAACUAUUUGCUCUUAUAAUGUCAUAUGAAAAACUAUGAUGUGAGGUGUCACUCGUAAAACUAAACCAAUCCAAAUUUCCAAUAAACAAACAUGCCAAUUUGAUACAAUCUCCAAUAAGUGAGAGAAAAGAACAAUAAAUAAAAGCAGAAGCAUAUGCAAUAAUGUGGGUAGCUGACUUUACUAGAUGAAAUCCCUCCACCUAGAAAGGGCUUCUGAGCUAUUAGAAGGAUGAGAACUGGAAGUAGAAAUGCCAAUCUUCAACCUUUGUUCAUUUCUGUAGAAAUAACGGAUUAGUUACCUUAAGAAGGAGAUGGGAUGACAUUAAAGACGUGAUGACAUGUAACUGAAAAUUAGCAUCUCAAUUGUCUGGCACUGUAAAUAAUCGUGCAUUUUUGAGAGCUGUUAUUAGUUUGUAUUCCUUUGCUAUACUUUUGCAUUUAACCUGUGAAAGGUACAGUGGUGAUUUUAGUCUCAUAGUUACCAGGUGAAACAGCAUGAUGCUCUUUGUACAACCUGUUUGCUUGUAGAUUCUGAUCACAACAGUAACUAUAUAUUGCUCUUUUAGUUUUAGCAUUGUUCCAGUAAACAUCAAUGCCUUUCCACAUCCUCUCUCCUUGCUGACCCAUUCUUAUCUUAAUCAAAUAAUUGAUUCACAUGUGUUUCAAACAAUUGAGUCCUUGACAGGAUAAUGCAAUUCAGAAAGUUGUGCUCUUACACUGCUGGGUCAGGCUGGUACUCUCUGAUUCCUGAUCAUGGCCUUAUGUGAACUGAAAUGCAGUCUCAUAUUGUACAGGUCCUUUGCUGCAAAAUCUGUAUUUACAACAAGCAGCUUCUAGAAAAAGGUAGGAACAGAUCUUGCCCUAGGAGUAGAUUUUCCCACAUUGGAACACAUUGCAGGUAAAAAUGUUCAUGGUGAAUGCCUCCACUGUCACCUGUGAAAUCUGUUCUGGAGACAAGUACAGGGACAUAGAGCUGCCAGCAGAGAAUACUUCAUGAUAAAAUGUCAAUCUUUUCUUUCAGUAGGCCUUUUUGUAAUUCUAGUGGCUUUUUUUCCUUCCUAAUUUGUGAUUUUUUAUAUAUUAUUAAGGAUGUUAUUGCCUUAGGUUUUUACAGUGAAAGCUGUCUUAAAAUGAGAUUAUAACUUUGUGAAAAUCAGUUAAUUUAAUUCAGGACUUUAUCCAAUUUAAAUAAUCAAGACAAGAUUUUAAUAUACUAUAAGCUGUUAUUCUUUUCAACUUCUUUUACCUAAAUAAUUUCUGUGCAUUAUAGUUAGCCUUAAUCCUUCUUUCUCAUUUGAGUUGAGAGAUGACAAGAAUAUGUUCCAUUUAUCAUUCCUGUAAUGUUUCAGUUAUGUAUGUGAAUGCUUUGGAAGUAUAAAUUGAACAUCAUUGAAUAAGUAGUAAAAAAUUACACAAUUAUUUUUGUUUCCUAAUCUCAAUCUAACUGCCUCAAAGAACAGGGAAAACAGUUCUGCUCUUGAAGUGGCAAGCAUUUAAAUUCACAUGUGACCUUAAAAAGAAUUACUUGAAUUGCAUGGCUUUACUCAAAUUAGGCUGGAGUAUUGCAAAAUCAUAUGAUGAUUGUUUUGGAAAAUAAAGAAUA